UCCAGGGGCGGAGGCCAAGCCUGAAAUCUCCCUGGAGACUGUGGCUCCCACUGACUGAGGACCACCCGUGCUGGGCGACCCUCAGGGCCCAGCCACAGCAGCACAUCCCGGGAAGGCCUUGGCUCAGGCUUGGCAGGAAGCCUUUUGCCACCAGAAGCAUGGGUGAUUCAGACCCAGUAUCUACCACACCCCAUCAAGAUCUCCCCUCCCCAUCUCUGCAUUACCCUUAUAGCAACCUUGGAGAGAGACGGGCCCACUUACUGCCCUCUAAACCCUGCCGCUCACAGACAUCAAGACUGUCCUCUACUGACCUAUCGCCCCCUCCCUUGCCUCAGAAGACCCUCAGCCGAACCCGUUCUCUUCCUACUAGCAACACUCUUCACUACUCCUCUGGCUGCAGUUCCCUUCCCAAGAGAGAAUAUCAAUCCAAUCCAGGCCAAACCUCCUGGGAGAAACUGAGGAGACCCUUGCUGGAGUCUCAGAGCCUGGAAGAGAUCCCAUAUGGUAGGGUGAGCCGCUCUGGCCCAGAACCUCACCGACUGACCUUUGCUACCCCUGACUGGGAGCUAGGUCACUUCUUUCAGGAUUUGGAUAGCGCUCAGGAGGUAUACAAGGUGCUCAGAGGCCGCCAGUUGGAUUCCCUGCGCUGCAUAGAGAAACGGCUCGGAGCCCGGCUGGCCGGGCCAUGGCCUGGCAGGGGUGGUCCGGGCCAGGUCUUCCGCCUGCUGGAUAGUAAGCCUUGUGCGGAGAGUGGGGAUGCCUGGUACUAUAGGGUGGUUCGAAUCACCGAAGACACCUGGCACCUCCUGGCUGCCAAGGUCCACAAGCCCUGGUCAAUGGCCUGUGAGCCCCUGGACACUGAGCCUCCUGGGUUGGCCCUCCAGGCCACACUCAAGCCUCAUUUUAAUGUGCAGAGCCUCUGUGGCCAGCUGCCAGCAGGGACACUGCCAGAGGCUCCGUGGCAAGGGCCAGUGGCUCUCGUGGCCGAGGUGCCCACUCAGACUGUGGCGGAUUGGGUUGGCGCCAACAAGGAGCUACAUCGGACCUGUGCAGGACAGUAUGAGCGCCAGGUUUGCCUACUGCUGCUCCAGUUGUGUGGGGCCCUGAAACAGCUGCAUGUGGACAGUCUGGGCCAUGGGGACCUGCGGCCUGAGAACCUGCUCUUGGUGGCACCCCGGGGCCAGCCGACAGGGACCCUGCCCCAGCUGCUUCUCACAAACUUUGCCAGGACCCGGCCCCUAGUGCCGCAGCUGCCUGCACGGGAAGAUGAACUUCAGCUGGGCCUCCUUGUCUAUGAAAUGCUGGGCCAAGGCCCUGUGCUGGCCCAGGCCCGGGGGGCAUCCCCACCACCUCUGCCAAUCCGCUCAGCCUACUCAUUGGCUCUGGCCCGCUUGGCCCCACACUUGCUGCAGGCUGAGCCAGACAGCCGUCCCUCCGUGGCCCAGGUCCGAGUGGCCCUGCAGACCAUGCUGUGGGGGCCUGGGCCUAAGCUCCAGGCCCAAGGCCUCCCCCUGGGGCCCUGGCUGGACAUCCACCGGGCCCUGCUGCCGCUGGAGUUGGCCGAGCGGCUGGCAGGCAGUGGGGAGGCAGCUGGACUCGAGGACUGGCUCUGUUGCCAAUAUCUAACUGAAGCCUCACAUCAUAUGGUGGGCUGGGCUCUGGACUUCCUCUGGGGAGAGCUGCCAGCUGCUGGGGACUGAGUGCCCUUGGAAAUCCUCAGGGAGUCUCCUCAAAUCUCUAACAGGCUCCCAGCUCCAGAUACAUUAGAGAAUAGGUAUAUCUUACCCGACCUGCCUGGGAACUUCAUCUUCUGAUCCCCCCACUUUUCUGUCCUGUCCUUCACCUCCCAAAAGCCUUUAUCUUUUGUAGAAAAAGCAUCGACCACAGGGCUCUCUGAACAAAUUCCCUGCCUGCCCCCACCUACCCCUGCAAAACCCCACUGAAUGAAGGCUCCUUGUUUUUAAUCUAAAUGUCAAUAUUGAUUCAGUAUGUCAGAAGGGACCUGAAGUUCAAUGUUUUCAUUUCAUAGCUGAGACCAAGAGAGGGGAAAUAAGAGGUCACCCAGGAAAGCAAUAUUGGAGUCAGGAUUAGAACCCAGGUCUCCAGGCUGGGGUUCUUUGCUUGACAUCUCAUUUUCAGAACACCGAGCAUUAAAUGAGAUAAUAUUUGUGAAGAUUUUUAUUUGAUAUUUUAUUUGAGAUAACAUCUGUUCAUAUGGACUACCUGUGCCCAGCCUGAGGUAGAGACUUCCAAGUUUGUAUGGAUCCGAUCAGCUACAGUUGGACACACUGUACCUUGACUCUGACGUAGUGAUGUGUCCUUUAGGUCGUCUUCCAGAGUGAAGGACAGCAGCCAACCGAGCUUUUGUGAAGCACUUAGCAAAGGGUCUGGCACGUAGCAGGUGCUUUGUAGAUGCCUCCCCAGCGCCUCUCUCCCUCCCAGCUGAUGUAGGGUGUCACAGAGCAGGAUAUCAAUCAUCAGUUUGGAUUCUAACCUGGCUUUGGUUGGGGCCACCAAAAACAGAGGUUAUUCUGAGUUACUUUCUUCUUCCUAGACUCGUGAGAUUUUUGGUCCCCUUUUUCUGUCACUACUUUGGAAACAGACGGGGACCACAAAGGACUGCAUGCCUGCUUGUACAAACAUGUCUAUCAUAGAUCAUGGGAUCAGGGAUUCAGGUCAUUCAGUCCAGUCCCCUCAUUUUACACAUAAGGAAAUUUGAGGGUCAGAGAAAUGAGGUGACUAGACCAGAGUCACAAAGGUAAUAAGUCUUUGUGGUAGAAUUCGAACCCAAAUCCUGCAGCUUGUUAGUUGUGCCAUACCACCUCUCGAUACUUACAUAUGUACAUGCAGUCUCCCCAAUAGAAUGUAAGCUCCUUGAGGGCAGGGACUUUU